AUGUUGGGGUACGAAGACGAUUUUUUCAGUGCCAGCGAAUUGGCAGUUAAAGGUGUGGGGAUAACAAACCCAUGGCCGAGAAAAUCGUUUAAAGGGGUGUUGUAUAACCUAUACAGGGUGGUAAUAUUUUCAGUGGCCACCGUAUACUUUGUUUUCGAAUUGAUGGUGAUGAAGGAAACAAUAAAAGAUUUGUUUAAGUUCUUGGGGAACAUCGGCAUGUUUGCCACGCAUUUUGUAGGUGUCUCGAAGUUCCUCAUCCUAACCACCCAAAGAAAAAAAAUUCAGAAAAUAAUGGACAGUCUGCAGAGUGACAAGUUUAAAUACGUCUCACUCGGAAAUUUCAAACCCUACGAGAAGUUUAACACUGCCAAAAAGAGAUCCUCAAAAAUUGUAACAGUACUGAUGGUUUGUUAUGUUGGUGUUGGGGUUUCAGCGCAUAUUUCAGCCGUUCUAAACAUGUUGGGCCACGAAUACACCGAAAAUAUAGAUUGCCAAAUGUUUGUGCCCUAUUUUAGCUACUGGCCCUAUGAUUUUAACACCACUUUCAAAUGCCAUAUCCUGUUUUUCCUAUUUGACUGGCCCCUAGGAAUUUUCGCCUCUAAUAUAGCAGGUUAUGUUUCACUAUUGUAA